CAAUAGACUGUCUUCUCCCAAUAACUGUCAGGAGUUUCGUACUAUCUUCAGAGAGAAGCUGAUUAUGUACCUGCUCCCCAGCUUUUCUCUGAGUGACAUGCCACCCACGCCUCUCAGCACAGCUCCUGCUUCUUCUCUAUCUCUGGGUGGGAAUGAGCUAGAGAGGAAGUCCAAGACCGCCCUGGCUUGAACCCUGAAACCAAGAGGCUUUAGGAGCAGUGUUCACUCACUGAUCCAAGGCUAGCCAGCGGUCCCUAGUCACACUCUGCAGGAGUAGGAGCCAGCCCAGCAUUGCGCUUCCAGCUGCGUCUGCCCGGGCGCAGCACGUGCUCCAGGCGCUGGCGCGAGAGAGCGAGCGCCACCACCGCGGGCCCGCAGCCGUUCUGCUGGCUGCCACUACCGCUUCGAUCGCAGCCACUAGCGCUUCUGCAGCAGCCAAGGCCGCUACGAAAGCGCAGGGAGCUUGUAAGGAGCGGCUGUCCAGAGGAACAAGGCUCAGGGAGCGCACCUGGUGAUUUCACUCAAAUUCUUGGUUUAGAAAAAAAGGACUUCUGUAUGUUAAUGCCUUCCACAUUUUUCUACAAUUCAGACAUCUCUCGAGAAACUCAGCCUAGUAUAUCCAGCUGUUUUGUCCACAUAUGUUCAUAAAUUCUAGUUAUGAAUAUUCUGAUCACAUGGAUGGAUCUAACUCAACACUUUCUGAGGACCUUGUUAUUUUUUAGAGAGUAUAUCUAAAUUGCUGCCUAAUUCUUCAAUGCAACAUCCAUCACAGGACAUCAUUUGACUGUACCUAUUGGAAAUCUGAGUUUCCUCCAUCAUGAUGUCUUUAUUAGCUUGAAUUCCUUUCCUAAAAUGGUCCUUCUGUUGAUCCUGUCAGUCCUACUUCUGAAAGAAGAUGUACGAGGGAGUGCACAGUCCAGUGAGAGAAGGGUGGUGGCUCACAUGCCAGGUGACAUCAUUAUUGGAGCUCUCUUCUCGGUCCACCACCAACCAACUGUGGACAAAGUUCAUGAGAGGAAGUGUGGGGCAGUCCGUGAGCAGUAUGGCAUUCAGAGAGUGGAAGCUAUGCUGCAUACCUUAGAAAGGAUCAAUUCAGAUCCCACACUCUUGCCCAACAUCACACUUGGCUGUGAGAUAAGAGAUUCCUGCUGGCAUUCCGCUGUGGCCCUAGAGCAAAGCAUUGAGUUUAUAAGGGAUUCCCUCAUCUCUUCAGAAGAGGAAGAAGGCUUGGUACGCUGUGUAGAUGGCUCUUCUUCCUUCCGCUCCAAGAAACCCAUAGUGGGAGUCAUUGGGCCGGGCUCAAGUUCUGUGGCUAUUCAAGUCCAGAACUUGCUCCAGCUUUUCAACAUACCUCAGAUUGCUUACUCUGCAACCAGCAUGGAUCUGAGUGACAAGACUCUAUUCAAGUACUUCAUGAGGGUUGUACCUUCUGAUGCCCAGCAAGCCCGAGCCAUGGUUGACAUAGUGAAGAGAUACAACUGGACUUACGUCUCAGCUGUGCACACAGAAGGCAACUAUGGAGAAAGUGGGAUGGAGGCGUUCAAAGAUAUGGCAGCGAAGGAAGGGAUUUGCAUCGCCCACUCUUACAAAAUUUACAGCAAUGCUGGGGAACAGAGCUUUGACAAGCUGUUGAAAAAACUCAGAAGUCAUUUGCCUAAAGCCCGGGUGGUAGCCUGCUUCUGUGAAGGCAUGACAGUUCGAGGUCUACUCAUGGCCAUGAGACGUUUGGGGCUAGCAGGGGAGUUUCUACUUCUGGGCAGUGAUGGCUGGGCUGACAGGUAUGACGUGACAGAUGGGUAUCAGCGAGAAGCUGUUGGUGGAAUUACAAUCAAGCUCCAGUCUCCUGAUGUCAAGUGGUUUGAUGAUUAUUAUUUGAAACUCCGGCCAGAAACAAACCUCAGAAACCCUUGGUUUCAAGAAUUUUGGCAGCAUCGUUUUCAGUGCCGGCUGGAAGGGUUUGCACAGGAGAACACCAAGUACAACAAGACUUGCAACAGUUCUCUGACUCUGAGAACGCAUCAUGUUCAAGAUUCCAAAAUGGGAUUUGUAAUCAAUGCAAUCUAUUCUAUGGCUUACGGACUUCACAACAUGCAGAUGUCCCUAUGUCCAGGCUACGCAGGGCUCUGUGAUGCAAUGAAGCCAAUUGAUGGGCGGAAACUUUUGGACUCCCUGAUGAAAACGAAUUUUACUGGAGUUUCCGGAGAUAUGAUCCUAUUUGAUGAAAAUGGAGACUCUCCAGGAAGGUAUGAAAUAAUGAAUUUCAAGGAAAUGGGAAAAGAUUAUUUUGAUUACAUCAAUGUUGGAAGUUGGGACAAUGGGGAGUUAAAAAUGGAUGAUGAUGAAGUGUGGUCCAAGAAAAAUAGCAUCAUCAGAUCUGUAUGCAGUGAACCAUGUGAGAAAGGCCAGAUAAAGGUGAUCCGGAAGGGAGAAGUCAGCUGUUGCUGGACCUGCACACCUUGUAAGGAGAAUGAGUAUGUGUUUGAUGAAUACACCUGCAAGGCAUGCCAGCUGGGGUCCUGGCCCACUGAUGACCUGACAGGUUGUGAUUUGAUCCCAGUUCAGUAUCUCCGCUGGGGUGAUCCUGAGCCCAUUGCAGCUGUGGUGUUUGCCUGCCUUGGUCUGCUAGCCACCCUGUUCGUUACUGUAAUAUUCAUCAUUUAUCGGGACACUCCAGUCGUCAAGUCUUCCAGCAGGGAGCUCUGCUACAUUAUCCUUGCUGGCAUCUGCCUGGGCUACUUAUGUACCUUCUGCCUCAUUGCGAAGCCCAAGCAGAUUUACUGCUAUCUUCAGAGAAUUGGCAUUGGUCUCUCUCCAGCCAUGAGCUACUCAGCUCUUGUAACCAAGACUAACCGUAUUGCAAGGAUUCUAGCUGGCAGCAAGAAGAAGAUCUGUACCAAAAAGCCCAGAUUCAUGAGUGCCUGUGCUCAGUUAGUGAUCGCUUUCCUUCUCAUCUGUAUCCAGUUGGGCAUUAUUGUGGCCCUUUUUAUCAUGGAGCCUCCGGAUAUAAUGCAUGACUAUCCAAGCAUUAGAGAAGUCUACUUGAUUUGUAACACCACCAACCUAGGGGUUGUUACCCCUCUUGGAUACAAUGGAUUAUUGAUUUUGAGUUGCACGUUCUAUGCGUUCAAGACCAGAAAUGUUCCAGCCAACUUUAAUGAGGCCAAAUAUAUUGCUUUCACCAUGUACACAACCUGCAUCAUAUGGCUCGCCUUCGUGCCGAUCUACUUUGGCAGCAACUACAAAAUCAUCACCAUGUGUUUCUCGGUCAGCCUCAGUGCUACAGUGGCCCUGGGUUGCAUGUUUGUGCCAAAGGUGUACAUCAUCCUAGCCAAACCGGAGAGAAAUGUGCGCAGCGCCUUCACAACCUCUACAGUGGUGCGCAUGCAUGUAGGAGAUGGCAAGUCAUCAUCCGCUGCCAGCAGAUCCAGCAGCCUAGUCAACCUGUGGAAGAGGAGGGGAUCCUCUGGGGAAACCCUAAGGUACAAAGACAGGAGACUGGCCCAGCACAAGUCGGAAAUAGAGUGUUUCACCCCCAAAGGGAGUAUGGGGAAUGGUGGGAGAGCAACAAUGAGCAGCUCCAAUGGAAAAUCCGUGACUUGGGCCCAGAAUGAGAAGAGCACCCGGGGGCAGCACCUGUGGCAACGACUGUCUGUCCACAUCAACAAGAAGGAGAACCCAAACCAGACAGCGGUCAUCAAACCCUUCCCCAAAAGCACAGAGAGCCGCGGGCCGGGUGCAGGGGCAGGUGGUAGCUCCAGCCCUGGUGCAGCUGGUGCUGGUAGCACAGGAUGCACAGCGACAGGUGGCCCGGAGCCACCCGAUGCCGGCCCCAAAGCCCUUUAUGAUGUGGCAGAGGCAGAGGAGCGCUUCCCCGCGGCUGCCCGGCCGCGCUCGCCAUCACCCAUCAGCACGCUGAGCCACCUCGCGGGCUCGGCGGGCCGCACAGAUGAUGAUGCUCCUUCGCUUCACUCGGAGACCGCUGCACGCAGCAGUUCAUCCCAGGGCUCGCUCAUGGAGCAGAUCAGCAGCGUGGUAACGCGCUUCACCGCCAACAUCACCGAGCUCAACUCCAUGAUGUUGUCCACCGCGGCUGCUCCAGGGACCCCUGGAACUCCCAUCUGCUCCUCCUAUCUGAUCCCCAAAGAGAUUCAGCUGCCCACUACCAUGACGACCUUCGCAGAGAUCCAGCCGCUGCCGGCCAUAGAAGUGACUGGAGGAACUCAGCCGGCGACAGGGCCAUCACCUGCCCAGGAGACGCCCGCAGGAGCUGAAGCCGCCCCAGGAAAACCGGAUCUGGAAGAGCUGGUGGCCCUCACUCCGCCAUCACCCUUCAGGGACUCGGUGGACUCCGGGAGCACCACCCCAAAUUCUCCAGUCUCCGAAUCGGCCCUGUGCAUCCCAUCCUCUCCCAAAUAUGACACUCUCAUCAUCAGAGAUUACACGCAGAGUUCUUCCUCGUUGUGAGCCACUGGAAACUUCCCUGGGAUAGGCCUGAACAGCAGACCUCGGUGUUCACAGAUGGGUGCAGCGUCACCCAUAGUCACCCCAACAAAGAAGAACCUGAGGUGAAAAGUGCCAAGGGUGCACACGGUGGAGACAUGAGAUCAAUAGUGCUAUUUUAUGACAGCCGAUGACGACACCAACUACACAUCUUCUGGCAGAUUAUCUUCUAGUGGCCUUAGAAAACAUGGGCUUUUAAGAAACACUGCUUCUAUUUUUGGAGUGCUGACCAGAAGUGGAUUAAAGCAGUUACAAUACCAAGUGCUUUGCUCCGAGGCAGCAACAAGUGUGAAGCAACAUCCUGAACAGUGAAAAGUGGAGCUAAUAAGCAACUGUGGACAGUCUUGUUUGUUUACUUCAUUUUCCCAGAAGAGUCUUUGAUUCACCAAACAUUGAAUGUACAUUUUCUAACUAACUCGAAAAAUCUGGGACCAAAAAGUCAACCUUUCUGGUUUUUUUUUUUCCCUUCCUUCCCUGGUCCCUACAUUUAAUAGACCUUGAGAAGCUAGUAGUAACUAGGGCCCAGUAUUUGCUGAGCUUGUGAGUCUCCUGAGUAACACAAACGGGUAGUGAGUGUUGUGUUAAUAUACAGAGAGUUUCUAGCAGAGACUUUCCAAACAGGCUGUUAGAUACUCUUCCAAAAGCCUGCAUCCUGGAUUCCAUUAACCAAGAAAACCAGUGCAAGAUUUCUGGACUAUUUCACCAUGUUGCCAAUCAAUACUGGAGUAGCAAAAAAAAUAAUAAUAUUUUCUGGAACACUGUUUUUUAAUUCCCUCACUGGGGUGCAUUGUGUAGCUGGAAAAUCUCUUUGUAGUAAUAAUUUGUGAGCUAUAGCCUGGCUCUCUUUCAUGAUACACAAGCACUCCUUAUAAAUACCCUUCUGUGAGUGCUGCCAGCUCAAACAGUAAGAUACGCAAUGAGCUUCCUUCUUUCUUUAUUUGAGAACCUGUUAUACAGAGAGAUCCUCUGUUGUUGGUGGCUGUUUUGCCCCCAGUCCCACCUCUGGAAGAGUGGUCCAUAGACCUGAUGAAUAUGUUACAACUGGAGGGACUGAUGUGGAAAUUAAUCAGAGGAACAAAAUCUCAAUACAGGAAAGUCAGCAUAGCAAGUGUUUUUGCUAUGGUCAUAAAAGUAAUGAUUUUAUCUUUUCUUGGCUGCGUACAUGGGGCAGCUAUGAACUAUGACAAAUGUAGAUUUUUUUCAAAGCAAUACAGAAUACUAAAACAGAGGAACCUUAAUAUCAACUACAGUCUUUCUCAGCCAUUCCAAUAAAAAAUAAAAAUAAAAAAAGGCAAAG